GGAAAUUUGAAAAACGAAGAAGUCUUAUAUCCUCUGUUUUUGAAAAAUUGAACUGAGAUUAUAACCGUGAAAAACUGGAUCUGGAAAGCAAGAAAAAAUUUAAUCGCGACUUUUAUCGUCUACGCGGCACCACAGAUUAUACUCAUAGUCAGUUUUUUUAAAUAGGCCAAGGUAUUAAUUAUUAUUGAGCCCUAGCCGCGCGAGAUUUGGUGUUGGCGCAAAUUUUGCUUGCGAGUGGACCUCAAGUCAUUUAAUUUCGGAAUGCGUAGCGUAGCAGUAUCUGUUGUUCUAACCUUAGGAAUUUCAAUCGCAAUCGCUAAAUCAGUGCAUGAUGAACCAGAAGUCGCUAAAGCAGUUAAAUUCAAAGUAGAAGACUGUCUAUUGUUAUCGGCCAUGAUGAAAGUCCAUAUUACAAAAUCGAAUUCUGAUGGGAAGUCGGAUUCAGUUUUCACAACAUACAUUAACUCCACAAAUGUUAAUAAAAUUACGCCCAGUGGAAUUUGUGGUGAUAAAUUUAACCUUUUGUCAUUAAAAUGGGUACCUGAUGAUUCUGUUUCGAAUUGGAGUAUGUCUUUAAAUUUCUCUCAUCCUCAACCUGGCUAUUACGGUUUAAACAAUAUUUUCUUGGAUUACAAGUUAAAGGACACAAAUGCAUCAAAGGCUUCCAGUGACAAAUUAAUAUUUUCCUGUGCUAUGGGAUCGUCUUUUAUGUGUAUCAGUGAACAAACAUAUGAGCUAAAGAAUAAAUUGUCGAAUUCGACUAAUAUACGAUUAACAGUUACUGACCUCCAGGUUGAAGCAUUCAGAAAUAAUGGUUCUUCUCCUGAGUUCACAGGACCGCAUUAUUCUUGUUCUGCCGACUAUGUACCCACUAAAGUGAUCCCAAUAGUUGUUGGAGUUUUAUUGGUGAUUAUGAUAGUUGUUGCACUAAUUGCCUUUAUCAUUGGCAGUCGACGGCGCCAAGUUGGCUACCAAGAAAUAUAAUUCACCGGCCAAUUAAUUCAUCUAUUAACCUAUCAUUAUGAUGCAAAAGCUAGAUCUAAUAUCUGUAUCAACAUAUUUCUUAAUCCGUUAUAUUUUUCAUUCACUUUCAUUCUCUUUUUAAAUUGUCAUCUAAAUAAACUAUUCACUGCUUCCAAUUGUUUCAAUCUCAUGUUUUGUACUUCAUUUAUGAUGUUGAUCUCAUUUUUACGCAUUUUGUUUUGGCUCUGAUUAAAUCUAUUCUAGACUGAGAUUGUUUUUCAUAACAACGUUCACGGGUUAAACAUGAUGUCAUUGUCAGAAUGUCUUUUCGCUAUGCAUAAAUUUAGGUAGAAAUCUCUAAAAAAGAUAUGUCUUUAAUAUGAAAA